UUUUUUUGUUGAGCAGGCCACGCCUCUGGUUUGCUGCAGCUCCGUGUGCACAGUGUGUGUGUGUGUGUGACAGCGGCUUGCAUUGAAUUCAUUUCAGUCGAGAAGAGGGGACGACACAGAGAGAGAGAGAGUGAGAAAUUAGGAAGGAGGAGGAAGGAAUAAGGCGGAUAUCGGUGCCCUCUCUCUCUCUCUUUUUCUCUUAUGCAGUUUUGAAGAAGAAGACGCCCCCCCCUCUCCUCCUUCUUCUCUCCCUCCCUCCCUGCACCUGUUCUGCCUCGUCUUGUUGCCGUCUCGCCGGGGGAGAAAGAGAGAGAGUUGUGUGUGUCUGUGUGUGUGAGAGCCUCUUUUUGCAGGAGUGAGCGGACGUCGCUUUCUCAUUGUUAGAUUUAGGGACGGUUUUUGUUUUUGAGCAAUGACUUCGACGUACAACCUGGAUUUCCACCCUUUGGCUGAAAGUCGGCUAAUGACUUCUUCGAGCGACACAAUCAACGGCAACGGCAGCAAGAUGAACGGGUCGCUGGAGCACUUGGACCAGCCAGAUCCAGACUCUAUCAAGAUGUUUGUGGGACAGAUCCCACGUUCCUGGUCAGAAACAGAACUAAAAGAGCUUUUUGAGCCCUUCGGAGCUGUGCACCAGAUCAACAUCCUCCGCGAUCGUACCCAGAAUCCCCCUCAGAGCAAAGGAUGCUGUUUUGUAACUUUUUAUACAAGAAAAGCUGCACUGGAGGCCCAGAAUGCACUGCACAACAUAAAGACCUUAAGUGGGAUGCAUCAUCCUAUCCAGAUGAAACCCGCUGACAGUGAGAAAACAAGUGCGGUAGAAGACAGAAAGCUCUUCAUCGGAAUGGUUUCAAAGAAAUACGGCGAGAACGAGAUCAGAAUGAUGUUCUCGUCUUUCGGACAGAUCGAAGAGUGCCGAAUUCUCCGGGGACCAGAUGGUCAGAGCAGAGGCUGUGCGUUUGUCACAUUUGCUACCAGGGCAAUGGCACAGAAUGCAAUCAAAACCAUGCAUCACUCUCAGACUAUGGAGGGCUGUUCCUCACCUCUGGUGGUGAAGUUUGCAGACACACAGAGAGAUAAGGAGCAGCGGCGUCUGCAGCAGCAACUAGUACAGCAGAUUCAGCAGAUGAACAGCGCCUCCACCUGGGGAAACUUGGCCGGUUUGGGGACCCUCACACCGCAGUACCUGGCUUUGCUCCAGCAGGCCACAUCCUCCAGUAACCAAGGCAGUUUCAACGGUAUUCAGAGGCUAGGAGCAGGUGUGAAUCCCCUUCAGCUACAGAACUUGGCCACAUUAGCUGCCGCUGCGGCUGCAGCCCAGAGCUCUGGCAGCCCAACUUCCACCAGCGCCCUGUCUACAAACAGUGCAGCUCUGGGAGCCCUGGCCAGUCCAGCCGGUUCAACAGCAGGGUCCAGCGCGGGUGCUGCCAUGAACACCUUGGCAUCUCUGGGCACCCUGCAGGGUCUUGGGACCUCUGUGGGCCUCAACCUCGGCGCUCUCACCAGCAGCGUCAGUGGUAUGGGGGCCAUGAAUGGAGGCCUAGGAGCCUCCAUGGCCAACGGGUCAGCAGCCAGCUCCAUGGACGCUCUGACCCAGGCCUACUCAGGGAUGCAGCAGUACACGGCCUCCGCCCUGCCCUCCCUCUACGGCCAGUCUCUCCUACAGCAGAGCAUCGCUGGCAGCCAGAAGGAAGUAGGGCCAGAGGGCGCCAACCUGUUCAUCUACCACCUACCCCAGGAAUUUGGGGACCAGGAUCUUCUGCAGAUGUUUAUGCCUUUUGGAAAUGUGGUCUCUGCCAAAGUCUUCAUCGACAAACAGACCAAUCUGAGCAAGUGCUUUGGGUUCGUCAGCUAUGACAAUCCCGUGUCUGCGCAAGCUGCCAUCCAGGCCAUGAAUGGUUUCCAGAUCGGAAUGAAGAGGCUGAAGGUUCAGCUGAAGCGCUCCAAGAACGACAGCAAACCCUACUGAUCCUAGCCCUGGGGCCUCCCCCCCCACCCCCAGCUCUAAUGCUAGCACUGCUAGGAACAAAUCUCCAUGCCUGUUUGCUCAUCAUUAGCCUAGCAUGUCUUCAUGAUGUUGAAAGCCAAGCCAAACUCCUGGCCUCAUCAUCCCACCAUUGUCUGUGAUGUCUCUCUAAGCUCGCCUGACCAAUACCUGGCCACCCACUGACCCUUGACCUUAGCUCAACCUGAUUUUUCUGCAUGUAUAUUGUUUUUGUUUUUUUGUUCUGUAUAGAAAUGUGACAGUUGGGAGAGAGGUCAAGCAAAUCAAUGUGAAAACGUACCUGCGUUGAAUUCAUUUAAGAGACCUUUUUUUUUUUUUCUUUUUGUUUUGCGAAUGUUUUAAAAACCUGUGGGAUUUCUUAUUUUUAAUUUAGCUUUGUUGUUUUUUUAUGUUGCUUUCUUUUUACCUCUCUCAGUAAAGUUCACUUGAAAGUUGAAUACAGGGAUUGGCACAUUUGUGCUAUUUGGUGCCAUUAGCAAUAUGUUGGCUUCUUUAAAAACAAAAAAACAAAAAAAACAUGCUACAGACCACUUUCCAACACUUUUGAAAGUCUGACCAGUAAAACCCCUCUCAGUGCUCUGUAAUGAUCUCUACAUUUUGCGGGCAGUGUGAAGAUUUACACCAAGGCUAUUUAAAACUAUAUUUUCAUUUUCAUUUACAAAAAAAAUACCCUGUGUAUUUACCUUUUUUUGAACUAUUAAUGGCACAAUAAAAGGUACAUUUGCUCUGUUUAGAGAAAUGACUACCUACAUGAGUCAACUUUUUUAGAACUGAUUCACAAAUAGACAAUCUGUGGUUUAAAUGCACACUUAGAUUACCUAUAUUUUAUACCAUUGAAUCUAUAGAAGUUUAACUAACAGAACCCAGGCAAAACUUUGGGUUUUUUGUAGAUUAUGUUGUAAUGUCAUCUGUGUCGGGGGGGUCUUGAGUGUAUUACAUUUUUAAAGAGGACUAAAAAUUCUGUUUGAUCAGCGUGACUGCUUGAAGGUCAUUUCUAGUAAAUUAAAAACACACUUUAAGUCAAAAAAUUCCUCUGCGUUAAUUGUAAUUUCAAUUUCUUGGGGGGGAAAAACACGUCUUUUUUUUUUUUUUUUUUUUAAGGGUCACAGUAUGUAGACUUCUUUUUUUUUUCCUGCAUUUAAGAAAUUUAGUGUUCAAUUUCCACGGUACAUCUUGUUGACUUUUUGUGAAUUUCUCAUUAGUAAUUUAAUUAAUGGAUGUUUCACUUUGGUUUAGUUUGGAUGCCUCAUGUUGAAAGAUAAUUUACAAUGUCUGUUAAUCAUACAGAUGCCAGACAAUGUCUUUUUGUUGUUGUUAAAGUGCCCAUGUGUCAAACUCAGUGUUUUUUGUUUUUUAAAUUCACACAACAUACUUUCCUGUAAUAUUACUUAGUUUUCUUCUCACACACACACAUGCACACACUGCGACACACCAAACACUUUCUGUGGUUGCAAAUGUGGGAGCCCCUGAAGAAGAGAUCACUCGGACACAACACACAACGCCACCUGUGAGUCUCUGCGCAUUUUCUAAACACACUCACACACUUGCUUUUUCUCUUUCUUUUUUUAAACGUUUCUUCGCUGAUUGUUCUUUUUUUAAGUGACUUCCAGUAUCAUGUUUCAGUUGUACGCGAUGCACAGCACAUUAAUAUUUACUAAAUCCACCACAAUAGUGUUGGUUUACAAAUACAUUCCAUUUUGUCAGCACAAAGUUUACACUUUUUUUUACCGGGGUGGUAUUUUGUCUGUUGUACUACAAAAUAACAAACCACUUCACCCAAACUCCCCCCCUCCACUCCCCUCAUGAAGGGUUCCCUAAAACUGCGUACCUGAUGGCGCUAAAGAGUUAGUCAACUCAGGGGCUUUUUUUGUGUGUGAAACUAGACGCUCACACAGGAUUACGACACAAAAUGCACAAUUGUCACCAUUUGACUUUUUUUUUUUUCCCUCAGUUUUUUUUUCUUUUCUUUUUUUCUUUUCUCAAAAUACAUAAAUAUUCCAAAAAAAUAUAUAAAUAAAUAAAAAAUGGUACCAAAUUUGAAGCAGUGCUCGAGGAAAAGUGUUGUAGUUUUUGUAAGGAAACGUUAAGCACAAUUGUGGGAGCUAAUCACUUUUGCAGAAUGUUGUGUGUGUGAUUAUGAUCCCAACAUUUUCAAGGUACCACUGAUUUCACUUUUUAAUAUGGGCAUGUGCUUUUUACAGUGUGUUUUUUCUAUCCAAAUGCAAUACAAUAUUCAAAGUGCCAUAUAUACGUCUAGAAACUGCCUACACAUCCUUAUUAGGCCUUGGUUUAGAGAUUGCUGCAGUUAGCCUUUUUUGUCUAGUUAUGCCAGUGUCAUGAAAGCUCUUGUCACCUGCUCAUGUCCCCUUUCUCCUCCCCCUCCCCACUCUGUGUUGAGUUAUUGGUAAAUGUGUAUUGUGAUGUACUCAAUUUGAACAGUUGGUUUAAAAAAGAAUUGUAGAUAAACAAUAAACUUCCCUAUACAUUUGAAGGUUAAACCUCCUUUCUUAGUGUGAACACGUGUGCUGUAACACUUCGCGAUACAAACGGUUGGUGAUCGGAUGCGUCGGAAUUUAUUUUGGAUUCGAUUAAGCUAAAAAACUUCAAAGACGACUUGGGUGCCAAGUUAAAAAGAUCUUUAUUGCAGAGAUGUGCAGUGUAUGGUGAAGUGUUACUGUGAAUGCAUUAAAAAACAAACAAAACAAAAAAAAAAGCACAAUGUACAGUCCACAGCGGUCCCAACAGGAACUUGACUCACUUCAGGGGCUUCCAUCACAAAUCCUGUUCAAGCUCUAACAAUCACUUUCUUUGUUCUGUGUUUUCAUAUUCUGAAGUGCUAUUUUCUUUGACAGUGUGGUAGCUUUGCAUCUCUAUAGAUAUUGUCUUGAUCCAAAAGAAAAAGAGAGGAGUUAAAAAAAAAAAAAAAAAAAAAAAAAAUCCUUGUUAUUUUCUUGUCUGAUAAUCGGUAGGACUUUGUUCAUGUUCCACCAAUAAUUUAAUAGAUGUUUUAUCUUGUCUUGAUGAAAGCCAAAGUGGGUGCAUCUUGAUGUGAUCUGUAUUAUACAUACAGUAGUUCUUUUUUUUUUCUGUUGAGUAAAUAUUCAAUUUUUUGAAACUGGGUGGGAUUUGAGAAAAAAAAAGACAUACACAGGCUUUCCAAUUUCUACAACUGGUUGUUCAUAUGUAUUUUGUACCAGUGAAGCUUUUUAUAUUGGAAAUUAAAGAAAAAAAAUCUAUAUUGGAAAAAAAAUUGUCUGGCCUCUCAAUGUGGCCUCGCCUUGACCAGGUCUUGAGUUUGGCCUCUUGGUGGUGUCAAGCAAUUUUUUUUUGUUUUUUUUUUUGGUUGGUUUGUUUUUUGUCUCUAAAAAAAGAUGCCUGAAUUUUAAUUUUACUUCGAUCUCUACAUGUCCCUCACUUCGUUAAUCAGUUUCAGUUUCGGGGGGGUUGGGAUCCUCUAAAUCGUGGUAAGUUUCAUGUUAGUAUUUGUGCUGUCCACAUAGUUUAAUGGUCAUCAAGAUUUCAGCAACUUCUGUGGAUAAUUGUCUUAGUUGAAGAGUUAACUAUCUGUUUAGUUUGAGCCUUGCUUUUUACCUGUGUAGAGUUUUCCGUUUUUUCCCAUAGCGGAGUGUGUAGCCGAAAGACUCUGUGUUCUUUUUUGGUCAAUGUUUGUUCAUGUGUGGUGUGUUUCUUUGCCUCUGUCUCCAAAUUAAACCAUAUCCCCUAAUA